CUUGCGCGCAGUCGUUGAAGUUGAAAGACACACACGAAGACAAGACGGCUGUCUGUUGUUUGCUUCUUGCUGUUGCUGCUUGCUGUUGCUUGCGUCUUGGUUGGCGACACACAGACCAGAGGGAACGCUGGAGACACAGACAGACAGGCAUCCUCGCAUUGAACAAAGAGGCGACGACGAGCCAGACCCACACCGGCCAGAACAGUACAAGGACAAGUCACAGACGAUGGAACAGCCUACCAAGACGGCCAAGGUUGGCUCGAGCGGCCAGCGCCAGGGCUCAAACGACAAGAUCCUGUGCGUGCCAAACAAGCUCACGGUGGAGGAGCUGCGCGACGAAUUGAGAGCACGCGACCUCAGCACAACGGGGCUCAAGCCCGUGCUGGUCGAGCGCCUCACAAAGGCCCUGCAAGUGGACGGGGCCAGCCCAUACCGUUUGGCCCUCACCGCAGACAAGCGCCGGCGGCGGCCCACCAACAAGAAGGAGCCCAAGCGCGAUGAGUAUGCGUCAGAGCAGGAGUUCCAGCUGGCGUGGACGCGCUGGCGUGAGUCCCGCGACAACAAUAACGAGUCUGUCAAGCGCUCGCGGCAGCUCGCAAAGCAAAAGCGCGACGAGCAAGAGCGCAUCCACCGCGAGCGCGAGCAGCAGAACGCGCAACUGGAAAAGCUCGUCUCACAGAUGAGGAACGAGGUUGUCUUCCUCAACAAGGUGCUCAAGACGCCCGAGCUCUUGGACGCGCAGGAGCUGGCACAACUGGAAGACCUCCUCACGCGCGGCAUGCCACCGGUCUGAGCACGGUGCAGGUGUAUGGGGCGUCAUGUACACGACACGUGCGCGCAGCCGUCGUGCACACAUGCAUGAGGAUGUGCCCACACCAUUCUCUUCAUCCAGACACGCUCCUUUGCCCCCUCCCCCGGCUCAAUUACUUGCUCUGUUUGAUCUCUCCUCCCCUCCCCCUUCCCCCUCUUUUUCCGUGACAGCCUGAUAGUUGCCAAGGAUGCAGCUUGCUGCUAUUCUUGUUCGUUAGUGCUUGCUGUGUGCAGUUUCACAUCGCGUGGUUGUGUGUCUGUGGUCAUAAUGAACUCCCUGUUGGCAUUUGAUUCGUGUGUGUCACGUGUGUGUAUGUUUGUUUUGUCGAGGUAACAAGCGUACCUUGGGUUUUGGUGUUGAUGGUGCGUCGUGUCAGCACUGCUUCUGUUGGUGAUGAUGAUGAUGUUUUGAUGCUUUGUACAACGAGUGCCUCGCAUGAGCACGUUGUCGCUGUUACCUUAUCCCCUACUCGCUCUCAACGCAUCCAGCUUGGUCAUGUGUGUUUGUGUGUGUGUGUGUGUGUGUGUGUCUGUGCUUGUAUGUGCGUGUUUGUGUCUUCUUCGUCUCCCUCUUCUUGUGCAUAUUACGCUUCGUUCAGAGAUUAAAAUACCCAAAGACGCUGUA